CGCACGUGACAAGUGUUUCGGAUGUACCCCGUUUUGACCAAUCCGCUCUCUUUCACUCAACCGGAAGUUGUAAGCAAUAACAUUUUCUGAAAGCAACAGGCUCAAGCAGCGUUUCAGCAGAACCGUUUGAGUCGUUGGAUUUACAAAAUGAAGCACAACUCGAACGUGCCGGCCUUCCUCACCAAGCUGUGGACGCUCGUCGAGGACGCCGACACCAAUGAGUUUAUUUGUUGGAGCCAGGAGGGCAACAGUUUCCUUGUGUUGGAUGAGCAGCACUUUGCCAAGGAGAUCCUUCCCAAGUUCUUCAAGCACAACAACAUGGCCAGUUUCAUCAGGCAGCUGAACAUGUAUGGAUUCCGUAAAGUGAUGCACAUUGACACAGGAAUCGUGAAACUAGAGAAAGACGGCCCGGUGGAGUUUCAGCACCCCUACUUCAAACAUGGACAGGACAACCUACUAGAGAACAUCAAGAGGAAGGUAUCCAACACUCGACCAGAGGACAACAAGAUUCAACAGGAAGACCUGUCCCAGAUCCUGGCGACUGUUCACAGCGUUCACAGCAAACAGGAGAACAUCGACGCCCGGCUGGGAACACUGAAGAGGGAAAAUGAAGCUCUGUGGAGGGAGAUCUCCGACCUGCGACAGAUUCAUGCCCACCAACAGCAGCUCAUCAAAAAGCUGAUCCACUUCAUCGUCACAUUGGUUCAGAACAACCGCAUCCUGAAUUUAAAACGCAAAAUGCCAGUUCUUAUGAACAGCAAUGGAAAAAAGCCCAAAUACAUUCAUCAGAUCUACGAUGACAAAGUGUGUGAGGACCAGAUGUCUGUAAACAGUCUGAGCGGCUCGACGGGCUCCAUGGUAUCGGAUGACGUCAUCAUCUGUGACCUGACGGAGAGUGACUGCGAGGUGGCGACGGAAGUUGCAGACGGUUUACCCAGAGCCCACGACCAAGGCGACAUGGACAUCGUGGAGGUGGAGCUGGACAGCUCUGCGUUGCUAACGGCUGAGUCGGACGCGAGCGCCUCGGCCGCAGAUGACGUCAGACACGCGGAGGCCGGACGGUCAGCAGACGACAGCGGCGCCCUGCAGCUCAACAAAGCCUCCGCUCUGAGUCCGGAGGACCCCCUCAAGAUGAUGGACUCCAUACUCAAUGAUAACGGGGCGAUAUCGCAGAACAUCAACCUGCUGGGCAAGAUGGAGCUGAUGGACUAUCUGGACAGCAUCGACUGCAGUCUGGAGGACUUUCAGGCCAUGCUUUAUGGAAAACAAUUUGGCUUGGACUUUGAUGCCUUCGAGGAAGGCGUGUCCUCCAAAGAGAGCCCGACCCCUCUAAACCGAGGCAGGGCGGAUGAAGCCAACACAGAUAAGCAGUUGAUCCAGUACACAUCUUGCCCCCUGCUGUCCAUCCUCGACGGCUGCAUUACCCACCAAGAGCUGGAUCCGGUUCCCAGCAGCAGCAGGUCCUCCUCCUCCGCCCACCUCCAGCCCCCCCCCAGCCCCGAGGCCUGCGUGGAGGCCGAGCCACCCACGGAGCUGCUGGACCCCGGCCUUGAGUCGAAGCAGGCGGCCCGCAGCUCGCUGAUCCGCCUGGAGCCGCUGACUGAGGCGGAGGCCACAGCCGAGACGCUCUUCUACCUGUGUGAACUGAGUCCCGCUGGAGCGGAGGCAGGAGCGCUGGACAGGGACGUGGCGUCGUAGGCAUUUCUGCCAUCGGGAGAGAAGCAGAGACGGAACUGACUGAAACACCAGGCUGAGAAUGGAUGUAGUGACUCCCAUGUACGCAUUUUUACAUUUAAGGCUUUUGCAUUUAUAAUAAGGCACAUUCUCAUCAAAUGUAAUUCUAUCAAUUUUACAGUUUAUACAAGUUUUGCGUCCCCACUUCGAUAGCAGUCCAACUGUGCUUCAUGAAAGUACAUUAACAAAAGAAUUCUAAUCUAACAUGGAACUAAGAAAGCAGUGGUGUUUGAUCAAUAAAUACUCUAAAAAUGGCCUAAAUGGGUCUCAUCCAAACGAUUGUAGGUGUACUGUUGCCUUUUUAUCAUCAGCCUUUGCAUGGCGGUAAGAGCUGAUUGACUUUUAAUGUUUUCAUGAAUGCAAAGCUCUCAAAUGUAUAAAUGAUGCGGUUUGCAGCUUAACGAGAACACGCAAGCUCACUUGGUCUCCUCUUCAUCAUCUUCACGGUCACUGACCAACCUGUAAGGACACUUGCGACCUUUUUAUUUUUGUAUUUAUUUUGUAUUUGUGUUUUAGCUCUUGCUACGUUUCUGGUCGGCUCCUUAAUAAGACAUCUUAGUCACACUUCUCAAGGAUUACACAUCAGCCAGAAACAUGGAUUCAGCCCAUUUUGUUCAUUUGUUCAGACCCAGCAGGGACUGGUGUGUACUGGACUCAGUGCUCUGAUCUGUAAACGAACUGCAGUGCACCUUUGUUGUGGUGAAAAGCAACAUCCCUCUUUGGGUUGCUCCACACUUUACAUGUCAGAUACAGGUCACAUGACUUCUGUGACAGGGUCACUUCCCACAAGCGGUCUGUCAUUGUCGCAAGUCUUGCAGGUAGAAAAUAAAAGCAAAUGUUACAGUG